UAUACCCUUCCAUGACUACCAAGAAUCUCUCACUGUCCCCUUCUUUCUCCUACUGUAGAAGGCCUCAUCAAUGGAGCUAUGAUGUUUUCUUGAGCUUUAGAGGUGAAGAUACCCGCAAGAACUUUACUGAUCAUCUUUAUAAUGCUCUACUCCAAGCAGGAAUCCAUGCAUUCCGGGACGACAAACACCUCUCCAGAGGAAACCACAUCUCUUCUGAACUCCUGAAAGCAAUUCAAGAAUCGAAGGUAUCUAUAGUCGUCUUCUCCAAAGGCUAUGCUUCCUCCAGAUGGUGCCUUGAUGAACUUGUGAAGAUCAUGCAGUGUAAGAAUACUGCGGGCCAGAUCGUUGUUCCCAUAUUCUACGAUGUUAGUCCUUCAGAUGUCCGGAAGCAAACAGGUUCUUUUGCUGAAGCUUUGCAGAGACAUGAGCAAUUCUCUGAACGAGAGAAAGUGAAUGACUGGAGAAAUGCUCUGUUAGAGGCAGCAAAUUUAUCUGGAUGGGACCUUCAAAAUGUGGCAAAUGGGCACGAAUCGAAGAAUAUCCGAAAGGUUGUGGAGGAUGUCUUAAGUAAAUUGAGUAGGAAUUGUCUGAAUGUAGCCAAACACCCUGUGGGUAUAGAUUCUCGUAUCAAAGAUGUGAUUGUGUUGUUGAGUGUUGGUACAAAAGAUGUUCGCAUGAUUGGCAUCCAUGGGAUGGGAGGAAUAGGAAAAACAACCAUUGCUAAAGCUGUUUUUAAUCAGCUCUGUGAUGGUUUUGAAGUACGUUGUUUCCUUUCAAAUGUUAAAGAAAUCUCAGAACAACCGAAUGGUCUAAUUCAAUUGCAAGAACAGCUUCUACGUGCUGUCCUGAAACCAAAAUCUUUACAGAUUGGCAGUGUUGAUAGAGGAAUCAAUAUGAUCAGAGAAAGAUUUCGUCACAAAAGACUUCUUGUUGUCAUUGAUGAUUUGGAUCACAUGAAACAAUUUAAUGCAUUGAUGGGUGAUCGAACCUGGUUUGGGUUAGGAAGUAGAUUGAUCAUUACAUCCAGGGAUGAGCACUUGCUUGCUCAACUUGAAGUUGAUGAGAAGUAUCAGGUCAAAGAAUUGGAUCAUAAUGAGUCCCUUGAACUGUUUAGUUGGCAUGCUUUCAGGAAAACUCACCCCGUAGGAGAUUAUGUGGAGCUUUCAAAUGGAGUGGUGGAUUAUGGUGGAGGGCUUCCAUUAGCUCUUGAAGUUCUGGGUUCAUAUUUGUGCAAAAGAAGCAUACCUGAGUGGACAAGUGCUUUACGGAAACUAAAAAGAAUCCCUCACCAUCAAAUUCAGAGAAAACUUAGACUAAGUUUUGAUACACUGGAUGACGAUAAAGUGAAGGAUAUAUUUCUUGACAUCGCAUGCUUCUUCAUUGGAACAGAUAGAGAUUAUGCAGUAAAAAUACUAGAUGGCUGUGGUUUCUUCCCUGAAAUUGGUAUCAGUGUUCUCAUUCAAAGGUCUCUCGUGACAGUUGACUCAAAGAAUAAGUUAAGCAUGCAUGAUCUGUUGCGAGAUAUGGGAAGAGAGAUUGUACGUGAACUUUCACCCAAUCAACCCGGAAAACGCAGUAGACUUUGGUUUCAGGAGGAUGUCCUGGAUGUACUCAGUAAUCAGAAGGUUCUUAACAAGUUGCAAAUUCUCAAUCUCAGCCAUUCUGAGUACCUUGCUAAAACGCCAAACUUCACAUGUCUCACUAGUCUGGAGAGAUUGGAACUUGAGGGUUGUAAGAAUUUAGUUGAAAUCCAUCAAUCUGUUGGGCAUUUGGACAGACUUGUUUUCUUGAAUUUGGAGGAAUGCAAGAGCCUAAAGAAUCUCCCUGAAAGUGUCUGUUGCUUGAAAUCUCUUGAAACUUUGAACAUUUCCUACUGCUCAAAACUUGAGAAAUUACCUGAGUACUUAGGUAAAAUGGAAUCCUUAACUGAGAUUCUAGAAUAUGGGACAGCCAUUAAGCUGCUACCUUACUCUAUUGGAGAUUUGAAGAAACUUAGAAACGUAUCAUUGGGUGUACUGAAAGAUACAUCACCUAGAUCAUGGUUUUCAUCAAUUUCAUCCUGGCUUUCUCCAAGAAAUCCCAACUCCAAGAGUUUGCUGCUGCCGGCUUCUUUUGUUUGUUUAAGCUCACUGCAGAGUCUAGCUCUUUGCCACUGUAAUUUGACAGAAGAUUCAAUUCCGAGUCUUGAGAAUUUAUCCUCACUUCAGUAUCUGGAUUUGAAAGGAAAUAAGUUCUCCCGUCUUCCAACCGGCAUUCACAGCCUCACUAAGCUCGAUAGACUCUGCCUCAAUUCCUGCACAAAUAUUGUCUCUAUCUCGGAACUCCCUCCAAGUUUAAAGGUCUUGUAUGCGUAUAAUUGCAUAUCAUUGGAAAAACUCUCAAUUCAGUCAAAAGAAGCACCACUUCUGCAUCUGCCAUAUCGCCAAAAACAGGUUCAGAUUCAGGGUUUAGAAAAUGUUAAAAAUCAGCCGAUCAUUCACAUGGAAUGUUGCAACAGUUUGCCAAACCAAUAUCAAGAAAAUUUUCUGCAGGUUCUUCCUCUACAUGUUUUCUUUUUCAUUUUUAUUAUAUGACGUAUCAGAUCAGUGUUUGAAAUUCUUUUUUUUUUUUUCUAAAUUCAUUAGGUACUGUCCA